AUGUUUACCUUACGAAGAAGACAGUUAACCCGGGAAGGGAGUUCAUCGGGUUCUCAUAGUGGCGAAAGCCGUGAUACAAAAGUGCACUUUUGGCAUCGGAUAUUCCAUAGACAAAGAGCCAAACCUCGUCUUGAGAAGGCGUCUACACCAGAGGCUGCUCCAACUUUCAAGCAACACAAGUCGAUUGGUGGGUUGAUCUUUAAAAGCUUAACCAGAAGGAGAAGAGCCCAGCAGGGAUAUCUAUCCUCGGUGCUUGAUGUAAACGAAACGUUGACCCAAAGGUAUAUGCGUGAUGACUAUGCCAAAUUGAUGGAGGAUGUAGAUGCUAUCCCCUUCAGCUUGAAAGUGGAAGAGCCAAGCACGGUCAGAAGUAAAGUUUCCAGGAUUAUUUCUCAGUUGAGUCCUUCAAAGUCUUCGUCGAGACUGGAACUUGACGAGAACGAUGAAUCUUGGAAUCCAUAUACACUAGCUAGAGAGAGCUUCAAACAGGAUUCCUCAUCAGAGAUGAUAAAUCACGACGAUAUCACAGGUGGCGAGAGUGAAGGCGAAGACAACAACUACGAGCUGAAGUUUGCACCUGAAACAGUCACAGAGAAUAAGAAAGUAAUAGGUAUAGAGGCAUCAAGCAGAUUUGGCACAGUCAGAAGAAGAGUCCUCACUCUUUUGAGAGGAAACAGCGUCAGUGUUCAGCAACCACAAGAGCCAGAUGAGUAUUCAACGGUGAUCAUCCAUGAACAAAGCCCACCCAGUAUAAGCAUCCGAGAAAUAUUUAACCCAGACUCAUCAAGUACAGAGGGAGACUCAAUGUUUUCACCAAUGGACAAAGAUGAAGAAUUGGAUACGUUCCAAGAGUACUCCGGAGAAACAAAAACAAUGACAAUCCACAAGGAGACAAUUGGAUCAAAGAAUUCCUCUUCCUGUCCUCAACAAACCUUGACAAUGUCAACUGAUAAGACUGCAAGGUUCUCUAGCAUCAAGUACAACUUCCACCAUAGAUUAUCACCUGAGAGAGUAGAACCAACGGCAUCUGUAAAGCUCCGUGAUAGCGUUGAUAUGCGGAAACAACCAUUGUCAACCAAUCCAACUGAGGAGCUCACUGUUGUUGAAGAACUAAGAGAACUCAUUAUAAAGAACAACAAGGAUCACUACAGAAUCAUCAAGAGUUCAUCAGCCACCCCAUCAUAUGCAACAACAACGAAAAUAACUCAUGGUUUCACAUAA